AUGGGAGACGGAUGGGAGGGAUGGGAGGGGCCGCGCGCUCGCUCCGUCGUGCACGCGCAUGUCAGCACGCACUCGGAGCUGGAGCAGAGAGAGCGCACCGCGGACUGCAGCCUCUCUGCGGGAAAAUGUGCACUUCCCCGCGGUCUGAGCUUCGCCAAAACGGAGAGGAUGUCUGUGCGUAGCGUGGUGGCUGUGUGGGCGCUGCUGGUCUCAGUGGUGCAGUGCUGCCCUCAGCCCUGUACCUGUGUGGACAAAGAUGUGCAGAAUCUGGCCAACUGUGCGUAUAAGGAGCUGGUGGAGGUCCCCAUGGGUCUGCCCCCCAAGAUCACCACCCUGAGCCUCUCUGCCAACAAGAUCAAAGUGCUCAAGAGUAAAAGCUUUGUGAACGUGACUCAGGUUAACUCUCUGUGGCUCGCUCACAAUGAGAUUCUGACGAUAGAGAGGGACACGCUGGCUCCACUGGUGCAGCUCAAGAACCUGGACAUAAGCUACAACAAAAUUAUCAACUUUCCCUGGGAGGAUCUGCAAAACAUGACGGCGCUGCAGCUGCUAAAGAUGAAUAACAACGAGAUGGUGAGUCUGCCAAAGGACGCCUUCUCCACGCUGGCGGAUCUGAGGUCUCUGCGCAUCAACAACAACAAGUUCACCACGAUUGUCCAGGGUACGUUCUCCACCUUGUCCUCCCUGUCCCACCUGCAGAUCUUCAACAACCCUUUCUCCUGCUCCUGCGCCGUGGAGUGGCUCCGGGACUGGAUUGCUGCCACCAAGAUUUCAGUUCCCGAGCCCAACAACAUCGUGUGUGACAGUCCUGAGCAUCUGAAGGGAACAAUGAUCACCAAUAUGCCUCAACUCAGCUGCAAACCCCCCGUUGUGUCCAUCACGAACCAGCCAGACCUGGAGAGCACCGAGCUGAGUGAGGGGGCGUUUGUGGUUUUAACCUGCGAGGCUGAGGGAAUGCCUCUGCCUCAGAAGGUGUGGGAGCUGACCACUGCCAGCAAGAACUAUCUAUUCCCUCUGCCGGCGAAUGGAGCCAAUUCUGACAAGCCCAUUAACGACAAGGCGACCAACAGCCUGUUCCUCGUCUUUCAAAAUGGCAGCCUGGUCAUCCCUCGCCUAAGCAAAAGCGUGGAGGGAAACUACAGCUGCUCAGCCUCCAACGACGUGGGCAGAGCUCAGAGCAGCGUCCGAGUGGUUUUGGCCUCACAGAAGUACGUCUCCAAAACAACUCCGGAUUCUACCGAUAAAUUUCCUUCCGUGAAUAAGCCUGAUUCAUCCAAAGCCUCCAAGAACAACGUGAUAAACAGAUCCAAGAGCGACGAGAGGACCAAGGCGGAUGACGCGUCCGGGAAACAUGAGGCUGAGCAGGCGGGAGGAAAAUCCAAAGAACCAGCGUUGGGGAGUAAGUGUGGAGUGAAAGACGGCAGCGAGUAUGUCUCCAACCACGCCUUCAACAUGACUCUAGACGACCUCAAACAGUACACCUUCGACUUCGGGGUUAUCGCGCUAGAAGUGUCCGAGACUGAGGCGAAAGUCCAGCUGAAUCCGCUACAGCUCCCCAGCGGCAAAACCACCAACCUGCACCUGAGCCCCAACGACCACCUAGACACGGUCAACAAGGUGCCAAUCAAGGUGUUCGAGGCGACCAGCUCCCAGGCCACUCUGGACAUGCUCUAUCUGUGUGUGGACUCGGGAAACGGACACUCCAUGGUGCAGUGGUCCAAGAUAGAGGAGGGCGUCAACUCCUACCGCUUCCAUCACCUUCACCCCGGUACUAACUACACCCUCUGCCUCACGUACGGAGGCCAGGACUGCCAGGUGCAAGUCGUCUUCACCACCAGGAAGAAGAUCCCCUCCCUGCUCAUUAUCGUGGUCGUGAGUAUUUUCCUCUUGGCUUUGGCCACUGUGCCUCUGCUGGGGGCCACCUGCUGCCACCUCCUGUACAAAUACCAAGGAAAAACCUACAAGCUCGUCAUGAAAACGCAGAACCCGGAUCAGAUGGAGAAGCAAAUGGCGUCUGAUUUCAACCCAAGGGCGUCGUACGUGGGCUCAGAGAAGAACUUUGGCCCCAGCGAGGAGGACGAGGAGGAAGAGGAGGAGGAGGGCGAGGCUGACGACGCAGACCAGGGAGAGGCAGAGGGCAGCGUGGUCACAGAGUCCAACCAGGGGUCGUCAUCCAAAACCAACCCUGAGGAGUUCGAGGUGGGCUCCGAGUACAGCGACCGCCUUCCUCUCGGCGCAGAGGCGGUCACCAUCUCUGAGGAAAUCAACGGCAAUUACAAAGAGCCGAGUCGCUGA